AGACACAGUCGGUAAAAUAGUUGCUGUUUUUUGAGAACGGUGGCGUCUAGAGCUAACCCUGGUAGCUUGUGCAAGUGGAUGCCCACUGUCGGCUCGGGAAGGUCUCAGGGGCGGUGCCGGUCUACUUUAGGACCACGGUCCCCGCGUUCUGGGCCCCGGGAAGUCGCCACCAGGUUCGUGCUAUCUGCAGGAGCAGCCAGAGCAGGAGACCGAGAGGAUCUCCAGCCAGAGGGUGGCGGGGAGGGAAGAAGUGGGGCGGAGCAACAAUCCAGAGGCUCAAUUUAGAUCUUUCACUGCCCCAAUCCGACGCGCCCUUUCGCACGGCCAAACCCAGAGGAGCAAGAAUUCCGCAAACUGCUGCUGGAGGAGCGAGGUGGAAAGCUGCAACCUCUGCUGGAGCUGCGAGGUCCUUCCGAAGCAGGAUGCUGUUGCCACUGCCGCCAGACGCUGCUGAGAAAAUGAGGGGCUCCCUGCUCCCUGCUCCCCUCCUUCUGUGCCUUCUGACCGCGUUCUGGGUUGUUUCUGCAGCUGCCGGGCCCAGUUUUCUGGUGACCACUCCUAGGGUCAUCAGGCCAGGAAUCAACAUGACCAUUGGAGUGGAACUGCUGGAGAACAGCCCCUUACAAGUCUUGGUGAAGGCCAAAGUGCUCAGGAGCCUGUCAAACAUCACUGUUCUGGAAGCAGAAGGCGUCUUUGAAAAAGGUUCACUGGGGACUCUUAUUCUUCCAGCACUACCCUUGAAUAGUGCAAAUGAAUUUUAUGAAGUACAUGUCACUGGACAUACACAGAAUCAGACUUUGUUUUCUGAUAAAACCACCUUGAACUUUGAAUCCAAGAGAUUAUCCGUCUUCAUUCAAACAGACAAGUUCCUUUACAAACCAAAACAAGAGGUGAAAUUCCGUAUUGUCACUCUCUACUCUGACCUCAAGCCAUAUAAAACUGUUGCAGACAUCCUAAUUAAGGACCCCAAAUCAAAUUUGAUCCAACAGUGGUCAGAUGAACAAGGUGACCUUGGAGUUAUUUCCAAAACAUUUCAGUUAUCUUCAAAUCCAAUACUUGGUGAUUGGUCUAUUCAAGCACGAGUGAAUGGUCAGACUUAUUACCAGUCAUUCCAAGUUUUAGAAUAUGUGUUACCCAAAUUUGAAGUUACUCUCCAGACGCCUUUAUAUCAUUCUUUGAAUUAUAAAAGUUUAAAUGGCACUGUCACUGCAAAGUACACAUAUGGAAAACCAGUUAAAGGUGAUGUUACACUCAUAUUUGUGCCUCUGUCCAUCUGGGGAAUAAAGAAAACUAUUACCAAACAUUUUGAGAUAAAUGGAUCUGCAAACUUCACUUUUAGUGGUCUAGAGAUGAAAAGCGUCAUGAAUCAUGCAGAGGAACUACAUUACCCCAGUGAUAGGUCUUCUCCUGGGCCAGUAGAAAUUAUUGCUGUAGUGACAGAAUCACUUACAGGAAUUUCCCGAAAUGCAAGUUCCAAUGUAUUUUUCAAGGCAAAUGACUACACCAUUGAAUUUUUUGACUACGCUACUGUCUUGAAGCCUUCUCUCAACUACACAGUUACUGUGAAGAUAACUCGUUCUGACAAUGUUUGGCUGACUCCUGAAGAAAUAGGAAAUAAUGUAACCUUCACCAUAACGCAGACAAAUUAUACUAAUUAUUGGGACAAAUGGAACAACGAAGAUCAGGAAAGAGAAACUGUCCGGGUCCUAAAUUAUACUGUUCCAGAAAAUGGGAUCUUUCAUCUUGAAUUCCCAAUCCUGGUUAAUACCAGUCAACUGCAAGUGAAGGCUUCUUUUCUUGAUAGUGUGAAUAGCUUAUCAAUUCAUGGCAUGUUUAGAUCUCCUAGUAUGACAUAUAUCCAGUUAAAAACAGGAAGUGAAAAUGUAAAGGCUGGCUCACCUUUUGAACUGAUUGUCACUAGCAACAAGCCAAUGAAGGAGCUAAGUUAUAUGGUGAUAUCCCGAAGUCAGCUGGUUGCAGUGGGCAAAAAGAACUCUUCAACUUUUUCUUUAACACCAGAAAAUUCCUGGGCUCCAAAAGCCUGUAUAAUUGUGUACUAUGUUGGAGACAGUGGGGAAAUUAUAAACGAUGUCCUGAAAGUUCCUGUCCAACUUGUCUUUAAGAAUAAGAUUACAUUAUCUUGGAAUAAAGUUAGUGCUGAACCAUCUGAGAAUGUUGCUCUUAAAGUUUCUGUGACUCAACCUGGAUCCCUAGUAGGACUUGUAGCUGUUGACAAAAGUGUAAAGCUGAUGAAUCGUUCAAAUGACAUUACAGAAGAAAGUGUGAUUCAUGAACUGGAAUUAUACAACACUGGCUAUUAUUUAGGCAUGUUCACAAAUUCCCAUGCAGUUUUUCAGGAAUGUGGCCUGUGGGUAUCAACGGAUGCAAAUCUUGUGCAUGAUUAUGUGUAUGAAGGUUUUAAUGGAGAAUUUUUUGACAUGGAUGAUGGAAGCGAAGCAGUUAUGUUGAAAAAUGAUGGAAAUGACAUGGAUCUAGCUCUGGCAGGCGCAUUUCCAGGGGACAGUGGUCCAUCUAUCAGAAAACAUUUUCCAGAGACUUGGCUUUGGAUGGACUCCAAUAUGGGUUCUCAGACUGACAGACAAUUUGAAGUUACUGUGCCAGAUUCCAUCACUUCCUGGGUAGCAACUGCCUUUGUGAUCUCUGAGGACUUAGGGCUUGGAAUGACAACUGCUCCAGUGGAGCUACAAGCCUUUCAACCAUUUUUCAUUUUUUUGAAUCUUCCCUACUCAGUUAUCAGAGGGGAACAAUUUGUUUUGGAAGUAACCAUAUUCAAUUAUUUAAAAGAUGCCAGUGAGGUAAUGGUAACCAUCAAAAAAAGUGACAAGUUUGAUAUUCUCAUGAUUUCAAAUGAAGUAAAUGCCACAGGACAUCAGCAGUCCAUACUAGUGCCGAGUGAGGAUGGGAGAACUGUGCUUUUCCCAAUCAAACCAAAGCAGUUAGGAGAGAUUCCAAUCACUGUGACAGCAAUUUCUCUCAGCGCCUCUGAUGCCAUCACCCAGAACAUUUUAGUAAAGGCUGAAGGAAUAGAGAAAUCAUAUUCACAGUCUCUCCUUUUGGACCUGACUGGCAAUAAAUUAUCAACUACAGACCAAACUUUGAACUUCACCUUCCCUCCUGAUAGGGUGAUUGGUAGUGAAAGAAUCCACAUUACUGCUAUUGGAGAUAUUCUCGGGCCUUCUAUCAAUGGUUUAGAGUCCUUGAUUCGGAUGCCCUAUGGCUGUGGUGAACAGAAUAUGAUCAACUUUGCUCCAAAUAUUUAUAUUUUGAAUUACUUGACUAACACAAGACAACUGACAGAUAGUGUGAAAGACAAAGCCAUCUCAUUUAUGAGGCAAGGCUACCAAAGAGAACUUCUGUACCAAAGGGAUGAUGGUUCUUUUAGUGCUUUUGGAAAUGAUGAUCCUUCUGGGAGCACAUGGUUAUCAGCUUUUGUCCUAAGAUGUUUUCUUCAAGCUUCUCCUUACAUAGAUAUUGAUCAGGAUGUGUUACACAGAACAUAUUCCUGGCUUAAGAAACAUAAAAGACCCAAUGGUGAAUUCUGGGAACCAGGAAGAGUGAUCCAUAGUGACCUUCAAGGUGGCACUAACAGUCCAGUUACCCUUACAGCCUAUAUUCUGACAUCCCUUUUAGGUUAUCAGAAGUACCAGGCCUCCAUGGAUAUGAGAUCGUCUGUUAACUUUUUGGAGUCCCAGUUCAGGGAAGGUGUUUUAGAUAACUAUACUUUAGCUCUCAUAAGUUAUGCGCUGUCAUCUGUGGAAAGUUCUGAAGGGAGAGCAGCUCUGGAUAUGUUGAACCAGAGAGCAGAACAUGAAGGAGGCAUGCAGUUCUGGGAGUCAUCACUGUCCAAACUUUCUCAGUCCUGGCAGCCGAGUUCCUUGGACAUUGAGGUUGCAGCCUAUGCGUUAUUGGCACACUUCCUGCAAAAUCGGAUGGCGGAGGGGAUGCCUAUUAUGAGGUGGUUAAGCAAGCAGAGAAAUAGGCUUGGAGGUUAUUCCUCUACCCAGGAUACCAUUGUGGCUUUGCAUGCCUUAUCUACAUUUGCAGCUCUCACUACUACUGGACAGACAGACAUGAGAGUCACAGUAACUGGGCCUAGCGUGACAACACCAACAGAGUUUCUGAUUAACACUGAAAACCGCUUUCUUCUUCAAACAGCAGAGCUUGCUGUCCAACAGCCAACUUCAGUUACUGUUUCAGCAAGUGGUUUUGGAUUUGCUUUCUGUCAGCUCAACGUUGUUUACAAUGUGAAAAAUUCAGAGUCUUCUAGAAGGCGCAGAUCCACCCGAAAUCAAGAAGCCUUUGACUUAGAUGUUGCCGUAAAAGAUAACAAAGAGGAUAUCAAUCAUUUGACUGUGAAUGUGUGUACCAGGUUUCGGGGACCAUCAAAGAGUGGCAUGGCUCUGAUGGAAGUUAACUUACUGAGUGGUUUUGCAAUGCCUUCAGAUGCAAUUUUACUGAGUGAUACAAUUAAGAAAGUAGAGAAUGAUCAUGGCCAAGUCAACCUAUAUUUAGACUCUGUAAAUGAAACACAGUUUUGUGUAGAAAUUCCUGCUGUGAGAAACUUCAAAGUAUCAAAUACCCAAGAUGCCUCAGUAUCUAUAGUGGAUUAUUAUGAACCAAGGAGACAAGCAGUCAGAAGUUACAACUCCAAAGUGAUGCUGGAUGUGUCCCCUUGUGACCUGUGUGACGGAGAACAAGAUUGCAACCUUUGCAAGGAUAGCUCCCCAAGAUUAUUUCAACACUUUGCAGUAGUUGGCUUCUGGUGCUUCUUGUUUCUCUUCUCCUUGCAAAUUUGGCUGUGAUCUUUUAUUUUGUAAGGGGUACAUUGAGAUUUCCAUGGAUGAUUUGUGUUCAUAGUUUAAUUCAUCUUCUGAUUGUGUUGAAAUAGAGUUAUUUCCAUGGGUGAAAAUGAGCAAAUAUCAAUGUUAUCUUCAUUGAUAUUUUUCUCCCCUUCCACCUCAGUUUUUAAGAGGAACCUUGAGUCUAAUUGAUUUGGAAAGUAAUCUCAGUAUGCCUUACUUCCCUGUGCCUACCCUUCUUUUCCCGCCCAAAAUGUCUUUGGAUUGUGUGUAAGGUAGAACUUCCUGCAGUGUUAAAAAAUAUUUUGUUAUGACGGCUUCAUUUAUUUGCCACAUUUGAUAAAUGAAACAUAGGUUCUUACUGAAACCAGCUGUACAUUACUGUUAUGAAGAGAGCUGCCUUUUCUCCAAGAAGAAAAAAUGCUUUUGUCAGUGGAGUCCCUUUGAAAACUGGGAAUGAAGGAAAACGCAAGGAGGAACUUGUUUGGGCCCCACACUUAUAAUCUCAUGGCCUUAGGGUGCCCUUUCCAUCUUUUAUGAAUUUGGUUCUUUCCAGAGCCUGAAGUAGUGAAAUAAAAAUUAGCUGGAGUGGUUCUCUUUUCCUAAACUCUCCUAGUUCCCUGCAAUUCUAAUCCUAUCCUCCUUUCUUUCCUUGUUCUUUCAGAUUCUAGUAUAGCUCAGGUAUGAGGGUCUGAGGCUGUUCCAGUGGAAACCAGAUUUAGUGUACACUGGAAGAAACUUGAGCUGAAGACCGUGGUUUGGUUUUUAAGGUUUGCUGGCAGCCCUGGUGGAGGAAACAGACCAGGGAUGUGUCUUAAGUUUUAUAUUGAAAUUACGGGGAAUAUUUUAGCACUAUGCUGAUCAGUGUGUGCUUCUAGGCAGAAAUUUGGGGUUUGGUCUACAGCUAGAUGACAGAUAAUUGGUCCAAAGAAAGGACAUAUACCUGCUACCAUAAGAUCAGGCAAUUAAUUCGGAACAGACUGUCAGUGUAGAUAGAAUCAGGAAAACUAGGGGUUCAAAUACUGUUUCUGACACAGAACAUGUGUGACCAUGGGUAAAACACAUACUUUCUCAGUGCCCCAGAUGGCUCUUUCAGACUAUAAGCUAUAGACAAGUUACCAGCCUGAAUCACUGGGGGGAGUUCUUCACUCCUGUGAAAUGACAAGUCUGGAGAAAAGAAUAUAUGUAACUAAAGUCCUUUAAAUUAGUUCUUAUGUAUAGUCUCUUAUUGCUUAUGGAAGUUUUGAUUGCAAAAGUCAAAUGUUAUAUCUUAGGAAUCUGGGAAUCGUCUAAGUGCCAUUAUUAUUAAUGUUUGAAUGCAUACAGCAUAUGUGUAGAGAAUAGUUUCUUAUAGAGUGGCCUAGGAAGAGAGCAGGUACUAUUCAAUCAGUUAUUACAGUAAUUUUUUUUUCAGGGAGGGUAUGAGAUCUGCUAAUGAGUUGGUACUAACCUAAAACGACUCUUAUCAACUGUGGAAGGGCACUUGACAUUCUGUAUCAUAGGAGCACCUUAUAAUAACAAUAAUACACACUUAUUUAGCACUUUUAUAGUUUACAAAGUUCUUUUCUCACAACAACCCUGGGAAGGGAGUAAGAGUAAGCAGCAGUAAGAUCAUUUUAUAGUCACUUAGAAUUCCAUCCAAGAAUGAUGUGUUGAGCAGUUAAGUGACUUUACUGAACCUGAGGAGAGUUAGGGGACUUGCCCAAGGUCAUUAGUAAGUGGUAGAGCUAGGAGUUAACCCAGGUCUCCUGAUUCUUGGCCCACUGUUCCUUCCUCUGACCAAUGCUUUCUCCUAGAUGAAACUGCCUUAGAAUAAGGCUGUUUCAGCAAAUAGCCCCUUAGAUGAAAUCCCAGAAAAGUUUUAUACUUAAUUCUACUCUCUUAAACAUAUUAUUUUGAGGUUCUAUUGUCAAAAAUCACUAACAUGGGGUUCCAAUGUAGCAUAUAUAGAAACUUGGAACUGGAAAGACCAUGACUAUGUUCUUGUCCCUCCCAACUCAUGCUAUCAUGUGAGAUGUGGAUAACUUUUCUGCACUCUGCUUUUUUCAUUUAUAAAAGUCGGCUGAUGAUACUCUCUGUAGAGUCCAUUCUGUGUGAGUGGUAUAUCUCCCAUUUAAUUAAUCCUAGAUUUCAUCAGCUGGUAUAAUGCUGCUGAAAGUGAGGUAUGAACAACCGAGACACAAUGACGCAGCUCAGCUUUGUGAAUGAGCUUGAGUUACAUCACUUCAUGUUUUCAUACUCGACCUCUCUUAGGGUACUUCCCUGCCUAAGACAUGGGUUAGUUUUAGAAUUAGUGACCAUUAUGAAACCUCAGGUAUAUUAGGGAUUCAAUAGUAGCAUUGGUUAAUAGUAGUGGCUAUUGAUAUUCUUGGAGGUGGGAGGGGAGAAGUUACAUGUAUACCAUGAUUAAUGAAUAUUAAGGGAUAAAUUAAGUCUUAUGAAACUAUGACAUUUAGGUUUUCAGGUAUUUGGAAAUUAACUUUAAAUUGCCCUUUAUUCUUCCACAUGUGGACUGGGAAACUCCCUAAUAAAUCCUUGCAUUUCGAA